AAUUGAAACCAACCCUAAGCUCUUUUUAUCUCCGCCCUAAAGCAAGUUCCUGGCAUCAUGGAAACUCGCUUACAAGAACAGAAGAAACUGAUUGAUGAUGUUGUCAAAACAGCUAUGGCUAAGAUGGGCGGACAUUAUGAACAACUACUUAAGGCCAUGGAGGAAAAGUAUGAAAACCAAGUGUCAGAUUUGAGAACUCGAAUGUCAGGUAUGGGGCCACUUACUUCCAAAACUGGCAAGAUAGAAUUUCCCAAAUCCAAUGGUGAAGAACUAAAAGAUUGGUUGUAUAAAUGUAAUCAAUACUUUAGAAUUGAUGGUAUUCCUGAUGAACAUAAAGCUCAUUUGGCUUCAAUAAAUCUUGAGGGAAAGGCUAUGAAGUGGCAUCAAUCUUUUUUAGAGAUUAAGGGAGAGCAAGUGCUUUCAAAUUGGGAGGAAUAUGUUAAAGGCCUUAAGGCUACAUUUGUUGUUGAGGGUGAUGAAGGAAAAGAAGGGGAAGUCUUUGAGGAAGCCAUAAAAGAACUUCCAGAUGACUCCAAUCCAUACAUGUCUGUUCAUGCAUUAUUUAGAGGUAGUAGUGGAGCUUACCGUACAAUGAGGGUAACUGGAUAUGUGAAUAAGAAACCUAUUCACAUACUCAUUGACUCUGGGAGUACUUAUAAUUUUUUAGAUGUUAAUGUGGCAAAAAGGGUUGGCUGUAAAUUACAAGCUGUUGAGGCUUUGACAGUUGAUGUAACUGAUGGAAGUUCAUUGGAAUGUGUCCAUAUGUGCCAAGAUUUUACUUGGUGGUUACAAGAACCUAAAGGCCUCCCUUCCCAUAGACCUCAUGAUCAUAAAAUUUGUUUAAAGGAAGGAACUGAUCCUAUUAAUCAAAGGCCAUACAGAUAUCCAGGAGUGCAGAAGGAUGUCAUUGAAAAGAUGACUCAAGAAUUGCUACAAUCUGGUAUCAUCCAACAUAGUGUAUUUAAGCUGUUGAGAGAUAAUGAGCUAUUUGCGAAGCAAAGCAAAUGUUUCUUUAAUUGUGAUAGGAUAGAAUAUCUUGGGCACUAUAUCUCUAAAGGGGGAGUUUUUACUGAUCCUAAGAAGAUCUUAGCUGUUCAGCAAUGGCCUCAACCGAAGACUGUUAAGGAAUUGAGGGGAUUUCUUGGUUUGACAGGAUAUUAUCGAAGAUUUUCCAAGGAGUUUGUAAUGGAGACUGAUGCUUCUAAUGUUGGAAUUGGUGCUGUUCUUUUACAACAAGGGCAUCUAAUAGAUUUUAUCAACAAGGCUUUGUCCUUAAGACAUCAAAUCUCUAAGAUUCUUCCUGGUAUUUAUGAAGAGGUGAGACUUAGCUGGAAAGUUGAUCCAGUGCUUCGAGAAAUCUGUAAUAAAUUACAACAAGGUUCUUUAAAGGAUUCUGCUUACACUUGGUUUGAAGGACAACUAAAACGAAAGGGCAGAUUAGUUGUGGGAAAUAAUGCUGUUUUCAGGAGGAAGUUGAUUCAUUUGGUGCAUGAUAAUGCAUUGGGAGGUCACUAUGGAAUUCAAGCUUCCACAAAAAGGCUUAUGCUUUUGUUUUAUUGGAAAGGCUUAGAGAAAGAUGUGAGGCAGUACAUAAGGCAGUGUGAUGUAUGUCAGCAUUACAAACCAGAAAAUAUUCCAACUCCAAGGCUAUUACAACCUCUGCCAAUUCCUAAAGCAAUUUGGACUCAAGUCAGUAUGGAUUUCAUUACAGGCCUUCCAAAAUCUUAUGGCAAAGAUGUUAUCUUUGUUUUUGUUGAUAGACUUACAAAAUAUGCACAUUUCAUUGCCUUACAACAUCACUAUUUAGCUCUUAUUGUUGCACAAGCUUACAUGGACAAUGUCUUUAAGUUGCAUGGAUUGCCUCAAGCAAUUGUAUCUGACAAGGAUCCCAUUUGUCUUAGUAAUUUUUGGCAGGAGUUGUCCACACUCCAAGGGGUUGAACUACAAUGUUCUUCUGCUUAUCAUCCUCAAACUGAUGGGCAAACAGAGGUGGUGAAUAGGUGUCUUGAAAAUUAUUUAAGGUGCAUGACUGGUGAUCAUCCAACAGAGUAUAACAAGUGGUUACUUCUUGCUAAGUGGUGGUAUAACACUAAUUUUCAUAUUGCUACCCAAAUUUCUCCAUUUAAGGCUUUGUAUGGACUUCUACCACCAUUGCAUAUAACUUAUGUACCUAGAGAUUCAGAUGUUGCAAUUGUUGAUCAAAGUUUGCAAGCUAGGGAUAAUAUGUUGAAGGUGACUACUCAAUUUCCUAUUGAUUUGCCUUUACCAAUGAUGUUAGAGCCUAUACCAGUGAAGCGGGGAAAUCGAGCUGCUACUAAGGUGUUAGUCCAGUGGUCUCAUGCUUACCUUGAAGAUGCUACUUGGGAGUAUCUUUACGAUAUUCAACAACAAUUUCCAAAUUUCCAUCCUUGAGGACAAGGAUGUUUUUGAGGGGAAGGAAUUGAUAUGUAGAAAAACUUAGAAGUCACGUGCAGGUGGCAUAUCAGUUACUGUUGGUUUGUGUCAGUUAAUAUGCUAGUAUAAACGUGUUUUGUAACU